GCGUAUCCCCAAAGGUGGCAGUGAAAAGGAUUUGUAAAAGAAAGCUACAUCCUGAACAGGAGUGAGCGAGUUAUUUUGCUUAUCGUAGCUGGGCGGUAUCCGUGACAAUGCUCAGUGAGUGGUUUUGGUUGGAACGUCUUUGGCUUCCUGUGAAUGUAACAUGGGCAGACCUGGAGGAUAAAGAGGGCCGGAUAUAUGCCCAAGCCUCUCAACUCUACAUCACCGUACCUAUAGCAGUACUGCUACUGGGCUUCAGAGCACUUUAUGAGAGAGUCAUUGCCCAACAUAUUGCUGAAGCUCUUGGAGUGAAAGACAAAAUCCGUCUGAGAGUAUCAAAUAAUCCCAUACUUGAAAAUUACUAUAUGACAUGCUCUAAACAGCCCUCACAGGAAAACGUUAGAGGUCUCAGUAAGAAGGUGAGCUGGUCAGAGCGGCAGGUUGAGUACUGGUUUCGAAGGAGAAGAAACCAGGACAGACCUGGAGUUGUGAAGAAGUUCAAAGAAGCCAGCUGGAGGUUUCUGUUUUACUUUUGUGCUUUCCUGGGUGGUCUCCUGGCUCUUUAUGACAAAUCGUGGUUUUAUAAUUUACGAGAAGUGUGGGCAGGAUUUCCCAAACAGAGCCUACUGGACUCUCAGUACUGGUAUUACAUGACUGAGAUAAGUUUUUAUGGCUCCCUCUUGUUUAGUGUGGCGGUAGACAUCAAACGCAAGGAUUUUAAAGAGCAGUUUGUACAUCACUGGGCUACUCUAAUACUGCUGUCAUUCUCCUGGUGUGCAAACUACAUCCGCAUUGGGACGCUCAUUAUGCUGGUUCAUGAUGCUGCUGACAUUUUCCUGGAGUCUGGAAAGAUAUUUAAUUAUGCGAGAUGGGAGAACACCUGCAAUGGUAUAUUUAUUCUCUUCACCAUUGUCUUCAUGGUAACAAGGCUUGUCAUCUUCCCUUUCUGGUUGAUUCACUGUACAUGGGUGUACCCGCUGGAACAGUUCGAGCCAUUCUUUGGCUAUUAUUUCUUCAAUGCCCUGCUCAUGCUCUUGCUGGUGCUACACAUAUUCUGGGCUUCACUCAUCAUCCGCAUGGUCAAAAAGCUUCUCUUUGGCGAAAUGAAAGGUGAUGAAAGAAGUGAUGAGGAAGAAGAAGAGAGUCAAGAAGAAGACAACCAUAAACACUUCAACGGUUCUUCCAAUGGACUAUCUAAUGGCCACUGAUACAUAACCAGGAACUCUGACAUCAGGGAUGUGAACCCUUUGUUGAUGUGAAGCAACUGUCCAUAUUGGACACACAAAUCAAUCCUUAACUGAUCUGGUACAUUUAUAACCUUUAGUUAAGGGUGUGUUUUUAUACAUUACACUACUUCAGAAAAGGGACGCUAUUCUGAGACACCUCCUUUUCAAAUCUUUUUACUUUUUUUGUCUUCAUCCACUGACAUUUUAUUUCUUCUGUCCUAGGCUUUCUUAUACCUGUAGGAAAUAGUACCCCACUGAAGCACUGGGCUGUUCUUUAUUUAGGAUAUAUCACAAAUUUUAUAUCCGUAUGUCAGACAAAUUCCAAAAAUCCUUUGGAAUUACAGACUUGCAGUGCUAACUUAACAUAAUCUGACAAAUUUGAGCACAAAUGGAAAGCUCUUAUAGAUUAACAUGAUUAGUUAAUCAGCCAAAGGUGAGUGCAAAAGGAAAGCUCAUAAAUAAACACGAGUAUUUAAACUGGGGCUUGUGUGAAAGAACAAAAAUAUCUACAUUUAAAAGAAAAUCUCAA